AUGACAACAAUUCCCAAAACCGAGGUGGAGGCUUUCGUCGUGCUGUAUGCUCGCUGCAACGACAUCGGCGAGCUCUUGUCCGAUGAGGCGCAGAUGACGGUGGUGGGAAGUUGUCGUCAGCAGAGCUGGAUUCGCCGUGAAGAGGAGUGCGGGCUCUAUUCCCUGGUCCACCUCACCAGGGAAGAGGUCCUGACAGUUCGAAAGCGGCUGGGCCGGACGCGGACCUGGGACAUCACCCGUGCCGGCCAGGAACCCGACGAGUUCAUCAUCCCACCUCCAGAGGAUCCCACAGACAUGAAUCCGGUCCAUGACCAGCUUCAAUCGCUACAGUUCGUAUCCGUAGCCGCAGUUCUGGGACAAGACGUGUUGAUGCAGGUUGCCGAGGCUUUUAGCACCACCUCGGACGUCCCCGAGGUGCCAGAGACGACCAUCACACGGCUGAGCUGCGGCGUAAACCUGCAAGGGGACCAGGUUUGCAUCUGUGAAGAUGGAUGGUACGGGCCGCAAUGCGACCAAUUGUGCAACUGCACGGGAGCUGGCAUCGCAGGUUGCAACGAAGGUCCGGAAGGAGAUGGCAGCUGCUACUGCAAGCCGGGAUAUGUUGGUGAAACGUGCGACCGGUGCGGUGAGUACUACUACAACUUGCAAAAUGGCUGUGCCAUCUACUGCCAUCCCGACGACCGUUGCAGUGGUAACGGAGAGUGCACCACCGACCCUGUCACGCACCUGAUCAACGGCUGCGCCUGCUAUGAGAGCUGGGAUGGCGAAGACUGCCGGCAGUGUGCCCAGAACUACUAUCCGUCCCGCGUCUGCAACGUCUACUGUGACAAGAACACGACCUGUUCCGGUCAUGGUGAGUGCUCUGACUUCGGCACCUGCGUGUGCGAUGCAGGCCGGAGAGGCGCCAACUGCGAUCAGUGCGAGCAGGACUAUUAUCCACCCGGAGAAUGCUCCCGCCGAUGCUUCAUAGGUCUCAACUGCGUGCAAGGAGAAUGCGAUGCCGACGGCUAUUGCCAGUGCAAGCCCAACUGGUACGGGGAAACCUGCUCGGUCAGCUGUCCUCGCUGCAGCCUCGAAGGGUCCUGGGGCUGCAACGAAGGAAGGGAAGGCGACGGCACAUGCUCCUGCAAGACUGGCUGGGAUGGUCCGGUUUGCAGCGAUCCUGCCGAGUACAUCGAGACAGAGUGGAGCACGUGCGAAGGGACUUGCGGUGGCUUCCCAGGAGUCAGGAGCCGCAUAGUUCGCUGCUACAACAGCAGGUCCAAGGCCAUACUCCCGGAUGAGCGGUGCGUUGGGGAGAAGCCCUUGGAGCAGGAGGCUUGCACAACUCCGCUUUGCAGUUGCAGCGUGCCGCCGCCCAUUCUGCACUCGGACUACGACAAGACGGUAGGGGUCUGCUCCUUCCUUCAAAACGAUCGCACCUGCCGUGCCAUCUGCGACGACGGCUAUGCGCGGUCUGGCGAGUACAAGUGUGUUGCCUCCAGGUAUGUGCAACAACCCAUCUGCCUUCCCUUGGGCGAUGCCGCGCAUGUCAAGGAGGCCCUCUUCUCCUACGUGACGCUCGCAGGCAUCGACCUGGUUGCCGUUGCCAACCUCACUUGGUGGUAUGGCUCGAUCUCACCAUCACUGCAGCAGGUCUUGGCGGCGGCUCUGGUGCCUAUUCCUGGCUACCAGGUUCUGCCGGAGCAGGUGACAUUGCGUGCUUGGCGCGAGGUAGCUCGUGCCCUACAGGGUCCUGUCAGCAGUGACACGGGUGCUCCCAGAGUUACAUCAUUACUGACACUGGUGGAAGCCUCAUCCGGAUACUCACCACAGGUGUGCAGGAAAGCAUUGGUGUUUCGAUUGUACAGAAAGGCAUUGCUCGUACUGCUGGAAACAAGUGGAGCAAACGCAGUACAGCAGGGGAAAGGAAGGAAAGUGUCAAAGUCAAUGAAAGGCGGGUGCCAUAGGGAAAGCCGCUGCUAA